AUGUCAGCUCCUAAGCAGCUCCACUUUGUCUUCCGCCACAUACGCAGCUUCAAGUGGAAAGCCAUCAGCCACCCCGAAUCUAUUUUUUGCGGAGGGAAUUUCUUCACGUUGAUUUCUUUUCCAUUUUUUCUCUCUUUCUCGUUUAUCUCUAAACCUUCUAUUAUACCUCUCCUUUCGACCGCUCUCGAACGGGCCGAUUACUUUAUAUCGUUCCACGUGUGGGAUAAACUAACUCUGUUACACCACCGUCUCUUCCACUUCUUGGUACUUCCUCCUCUUUCUUCCUCCCCUCCUUCUCGAUCGUGCCUUUCCCACCUCCCUCCCUACCCGCUGUUCAGUGCAAUGGGAGACGUAGGCCGGGCUUUUAGGCCGAUUGCCCCCCGGACUAUGCCUUCCGGCGGCGGGGUAGGAGGCCAACCACCCCUUGGUAGCAGCGGCGGAGGCCCCUCGGAGGACGGCCGGAUGAAAAGAGCUUCGACUGCUUGUAAAGAGUGCCAGAAACGUCGAACAAGGUGCACCGGUCCACCUAAAUGCUCGGAAUGCGACACGCAUGACCGAGAAUGUGCCUUUGACGAACAAGCCGACAGGCGGCGCAAGGCGAAUGCGCGCCGGACACAGGAAGAGCUGGCCAGCUUGACGGAGUUCAAUGAUCAGCUCCUAAGUGUCCUUCGAUAUUCCAACAAUACGACCACACAGCACGUCAUCAAUGUGAUUCGCUCUAGUGCAUCACGGGAGGAAAUUCAAAGCGUCCUGUUAUCGAUUUUGUCUCAGAACCCCGAGUUGGCGCAGCAAGCGCUUGGUCAACCUGUUCCUCCUCCGCCUCAUCAGCAGCAUCCUUCUGUUGCUCAUGCUCCCCACCACGUUCCUAACGACCUCGAUCCGCAUAAUCUUGGCCCUUAUUUUGAUCCGCGAUAG